AUGGACGGAGAUGAGCCUACGCAAGCGACCCAAAAUGUCCUGGAUCCACGUCGAAUAGGGAAACAAAACUCGGAGUUUUCAGACGAAGAUAUAUCCGACAUAAUAUGCCUUUUGUACCCUCACUCCCCAUCUGCGCGCCAGGAGGUCCAGAGGCUUGCUGAAGAAGAUUCCCCCCACAUCAUAGGCAAGCACGAGGCAGACGGUGUCCAAGCCGACUACGAGUUGGAAGAUGAUGCUAGUCGCUUUGCGUCACGCCCUGUCAGUCAUGGAAGCCAUGCCAUCAUCCUGAAGCUGUCUUCUCUAGUGAAAAAUCCCGCCGCUGGGUUCGCUUUUGGAAGAAACUGCGCCAGGUGCGACGUCGUCUUUGUCAACGACCCUCUACGGCGUGUCAGCAAUGUUCACUUCCGCAUCUAUGUCAACGAGUAUGGCAAUGUCAUGAUCGAGGAUCAGUCGACAAAUGGCACACUCGUGGACCAGCAACUGCUCACUUUCCAUCCUAAAGACAAGAGGUCGCAGCCAGCAAACAAGUGGGUGCUGAGCUCAGGAAAUCUCAUCAAGAUCCUCCUGCACAACGAACAUCGGGACUUGUCAUUCCUGGUUCGAAUACCUCGCCGUGACGACAGUUAUGACCGCGCCUACAUCGCCAAAGUAGGGGAAUACUUCGCUCGAAACGGCCUCCACCCGCCCAACCGCGAACCUCCCAGUUCGAGCAAGUACAAGAAUAACACAAGCGGAGGGCCGAUUGAUAUCUUCAAAGUCCCUGGUGCUCCCUUGAUAAGAAAAGCAGGUAUCGAAGCCAGCCCAUCGCCGCACCCUUCUCCGUCGAAGCGGAAAGAAUCCCACCCUAGCAUGGGCAACGAGUGGAAGGGCUCUGGCAAAUACAAUCGGAUUGGCACGAUUGGCAAAGGAGCCUUUGCGGUGGUGUACAAGGUAACGUCAAAGUACGACGGACUACCAUAUGCCGCAAAGGAGAUUGAGAAGCGUCGCUUCAUCAAGAAUGGAGUUCUCGAUCAGAAGGUGGAAAAUGAAAUGAGGAUUAUGCAGAGGGUGCAACACCCCAAUAUCGUCCGCUAUAUAGAAAAUUUUGACUGGGAGGACCGGCUCCUCAUCAUCAUCAUGGAGUAUAUCCCCCUCGGCGAUCUCGGAAAGACAAUCUCGGAAGACGGUACUUUUACGAUGGAAAUGACGCAAACCAUGUCCGUUCAGCUGCUGAGCGCUUUGGGCUACUUGCACGCAAACAACAUCACGCACCGCGAUGUGAAGCCGGACAACAUCUUGAUCCAGUCUUUGGAGCCGUUGGUAGUGAAGCUGACGGACUUUGGACUGUCGAAAAUGGUUGACACGGCGGAGACGUUUUUACGCACCUUUUGCGGUACACUCUUGUACUGCGCCCCCGAGGUGUACACCGAGUAUGCCGAGUACGAUGACAACGGCGUCAGGAAUCGAGGACAGCGAAUGCGGCGCAUGCCUGGCCAAAGGUACAGCCACGCCGUCGACAUAUGGUCUCUCGGAGGGGUCUUGUUUUACUGCCUUUCCGGUUCGCCGCCUUACCCUGUAAAAUCCGGCAUAAGCUACUCCGAACUCCUCCACAAGAUCAUGACGACCAACCUGGACACGGCGCCACUACGCAAGUCUGGAGUGACUGACCUGGCAAUCGAUUUCAUCAAGGGCAUGCUCCAUAGGCGCCCAGAGCGUCGUGCGACCAUACCAGAACUGGAGGGUCAUCCUUGGCUCGGAGGGUUCGAAUCCGUCAUUCAAGCAUCUCAAUCGUACGACGAAAUCACGGAUGACGAAGACUACCCUUCACAGCUCCAAAACCUGGCGUACGCCGACGACAGAGUCAGCGACUCGAUGAGUGACAUGUCCGACAAGGAGAACAGCUUGAUAGCUCACAACACCCAGCAUCCCCGAUUGUUUGGAGAGGUUGGUGUAUCUGCUAUAGGAAGCUCCGGCGCUAUUCCAGAUGACUUUCUCGAAAUGGUCGCCGCGGACAGCCUGGGCGCCACGGAUAUUCUGGGUCCUUGUGAAGACGAAGCAUACGACUCUGCCGCCUCGGACACCAUCCAAGGGGGAAACCAGCGGGCGUCGCGCCGCAGUGGCACAUCCAUCUAUCCAAACCAGUCGGUAGAUCAGCUCCAAAGUCUGGUGGAAGAUGUAGCUUCACAGAGCCUCGGCGGCAGCGUCGAAAAUGCUCAGGAACCCGGCUCAUUGCGGCUUCUGUCGCACUCCGUUGAUGCCAACUCGAGCAAACGAAAACCGCCAUCAAACGACGCUAGCGGAGAAUUCGACGAGAACACACCACCAGGAAAACCCGUUAUGAAGAGGUUGAAGUCGGAGGGCAACCUUGAAGAAGUACCCAACCAACUGUUGGAAGAGUACAGGCUUCUGGCUCGAAUGCCUCAGGUAAUGAGGCUAGAAUCCGGGAGGCUGAUUGACCAUCCGGUCAGCAAAAUGGAGUUCUGGGAACAAGACAAGAACACGUGGCAUCUAAAUUAUCCAGAGAUGACGCAACUUCAGCAUGACGCGUUCAAGCAGGCAGCAAAAGACGGCGGCGAAGAGUUUUGGCCCGGAAAAACGCCCCUGUGGGACUUGGCGAUGAAGUACUUUCCCCCUCUCACCAGAGCAGGAGGCAGACACGACUGCUCGACCGAGGCUCCCUCCCUCUUCUCGAGGCGCGACGGUAGCAAGAACCUUGGCGAUGCGACGACGGAAUGCCCUCCCACCGCAGCACCAACAGAGUCAAGCCCCUUGCCCGACACCUGCCCUCCAGACGCGAAAAUAGUGGUGCCGGUUCAAGAAGACCCAUCGACGAACCGGGCGCUCGCAUUGGUGGUUACGGACGCGUCGUCUUGCGUCCAGGGCAUUUCGUUUGCCGUAACAGACAACCUGGUAUCCUUUGGACGUGGGCCCGAUAAUACCGAGAUUUUCAGAGACAAGCAGGAGCCACGAGUACCAAAAUACGCCUUCAAGAUACUGCUAUGGAAAGAGGGCUACGAUCCCUCGAGGAGCUCCUCAAAGGGGGAUCAGCCCUGGUGCAAGCAAGGCGCAAACGAGCACGACGCAGCGUAUCAUUUUUGGAUAUCCACCAAGGCCACAUUGGGCAUCAAGAUCAACGGCUACAGUCUUGCGUCGUCGGAACCCAAGAACCCCAGCGGCCCGUCGCAGUACUGGGCCAGAAUAUACAACGGCGAUUCCCUGACCAUCUGGGGCGGGCAAGGCGCCCUGGACAAGACGCGACUCGUUUUCCAGUGCCUCUGGGGCGGCUCGUCAAAGCCCCGCCCCAAGGACCACCAGCGCCUGGCGCUUGCCUCGGCCCAGACAGCGGCAAAGCUGGAUGCCGCGUGUCAGCGGACGGAAAAACGCAUCAGGGAAGCGGCCGAGAAGAAGCGCCGGUCGCUCGAGGCCAGGACAGAGUUUGACCAACGCAAGCGCCACGUGGACAGGGAGCGGGAACGCAGCCGCGUGUUCGAGGACAAGAGAAGGGAGGCCGUGGCGUAUCUUGCGGCCAGGCAGACGCUUGGGUCGCGGGGAGCGUCGUCGGCCCCGGCGACAACUCACGCCAGCAGCGGCUUGCACGCGGGAUCGCACCUGCCGCGGAUGACUAGUCCGGACAAGCCGGCGCCGCACGCGAAUUGGUAG